AUGGCAGACACGAUGGAAGCAAGUCAAAUCAAAACGGAAGUUAAGGAUGAUUUCGUCAAUGUGUGGCCAAAUCCUGCUGCGGAAGUCUCCUCGCCGCCUACUCUAUAUGGGUUUCCUGGGAGAACGAAGAGUCCCGUGUGGAAGGAGUUUGGAUUUUAUAUGGGGGCGGAUGGAAAGCUCGAUAAAUCGCGUGCUAUUUGCCGACAUUGCCUGACAGGUGUACGAUACUGUGGGAAUACUACAAAUCUUCACACUCAUCUCGUCCGCCACGGCCAUGGCAGUAGGAGACCGCCACGACCGUUGAUACCGGAUGUCGGACAAGGUUCCCCUCCAUCUCCAGCAAUAAACAAGGCAUCUCCGUUAUCACCGUUUGCUAAUGGGGCGACUAUCGUUACUAAUGUGCAAGAGAUUGCACUGCAGCCGAGUAUCGUGUCCAGUGUGCAGAAGGUUGCUUUACAACCCAGCAUCGUGAGCAGUGUAGCGCAGAAUGUUGCAUUUCAGCCCAAUAUCGUUACCAGUGCUCAGACGGGGCUGCAACCUACGAUAUCCGAUGUGCAUGUAGUAACAAACACCCAGCGAUCGAUUUCUUUAAAUACGAUGAUUGCGGAGUACUUCAUAGACCGUAUGGAGACACCGGAAGGUUUUGAUAAUACCGCCUUCGUAAAUAUGAUGUCCGCUGCAGAUCCGGGAUUCGACCCAGAAACCAGCCGUCAAUUUUACGAAUCUUUUAUAUCGCAGCACUACGAAAUACUAAACCAUUCUCUGUCCGACUUACUGAAAAACUGCGAAUCUGUUGCCAUGACAUGCGAUAAAUGGACGUCAGAAUCUCGAGAAAAUUACGUCACAUACAGUGUUCACUUAGUCAGUGAGACUUGGGGUCUGGACAGUUACACAUUAACAACAAAUCCGGACAGCGGCAGCAUCGUGGAAGAUUUAAACAAAGUCCGGACCCAGUGGGAUAUUCAGGAAUCUGUGACCGUGGUCUCUGGUGAUGACAUGGGUCAGUCUAGUUUGGGCAUUCAGACCAUUCACUGUUUGGCGGAAGCCAUAAAUAAAGCUGCCCGUGCUGGACUUAAUUUGGAAUGUGUUCGAGAACUUCUGUCCAAUAUAAGCCACACACAACAAGAACUCGUCAAGAAUUUCAGCGAAGUCAAUCACGAUAUUUCUACUUCAUCACCAACAAACACACUGGCUUGUCAAAACUGGCUGUUCACCUACGACAUUCUGGCGAAAUUAAUGGACCAGAAGGAAUUAAUUAAAUUGAUGGAUGGGGUUGACAGUAUUGAUUGCACUUCUCUUUGCAAGCAGCUCGAGGACGUGUGCACUGUGCUAAACCCCCUGAAGUCUGCAGUGGAUCUUAUGUGUUCACAAACACCAAUCACCGCCUCCAUGAUCCUACCCAUUAUCAAAAAACUUCAGGUUUCACUUUCAUCUGAAAAUUGUGAUUCUGUGACCGUCAAAAUCAUGAAAGAAACUGUAUGGAACACACUGUAUUCAUUUUAUUCAGAUUCCAGUGUUAGAAAAUUUCUUCUGAUUUCCAGUUUUUUGGACCCACGAUUCAAAGACCUUCUCUUCGUGGAAUCAGAAGAGCGCGCACGUGCCCGCGGCAUUUUGUUGGGGUUGGCCACGGACCUGUAUCGCCGCGGAGCUGACACUCCCAUUCAGGAGGAAGCCGUGGUACGGAGCGAGGUGGACGGUACGUCCUAUUCCGUCAUUCUUGUUGACAACGACAAAAACAGCGAACCCAAAACCAAGAAACUAAAACGCGAGGAAGUAAAGGUAUCGAACACUUCCUCCAAAUCGGACGACUGGCUAGCUGACGUCAUAGGCAGCAGGAAAGCGCCCGAUGACAUCACAAAGGAGGAAGAAAGCGUAUUGGCAGAAAUUGAUCAAUACUGCACCAUGGAGCAGAGAACUACAUCACCGUGCAAAUGGUGGAAUAACCGCCAAUUAGUUUUCACUACUUUGUCACGUGUGGCUAAAAUUUACCUCUGUGUUCCCGCCACGUCCAAACCACCUGACCGGAUGUUUGAGAAAGUUCGUCACAGAUACACCACGCAGCGGCGGCUUCUACCGUCCGCUUUUGUUGACAAACUUAUUUUUCUACAUGACAACUAUAUUAAAUUGAAAAAUUAA